AUGCUGUUUCCUAAUGGUAGUGUCAUGGUUAAUUAUCGUGUACGAGUUAAAGGGCCUUGCUCACUAGAGCUUAGCAAUUUUCCGCUUGAUUUGCAAAGAUGUGGGCUAAUUUAUGAAAGUUUCAAUUACAACAAUCAAGAGGUUCGGAUGCGGUGGUCUUCAAUGGAUCAGCCAGUUCGGCCAAUGGCCGAGAUCGUAUUGCCAGACUUUGAUCUCUUCAAGAUUUCAGCAAACAGGAUAGAAGAGGUAUUUCCGCCUUCAUGGGAUGUUGAGUAA